GGGCAGCACAAGUCUUGUGCUUCCUUCAACCGGACAAAAUUAGCUCAUUAAAUCACUAAACCAACUUUACUAAAAUAUUAUUUAUUAGUCACUGCUCAAGUAAGAGUAAAAACUUAAUUAGCAAAUUAAUCCACACUAAAACCAACUUUUGAAAAGAAAGAAAAAAUCACUCCCUUUGCACGUGUAAUUCACACAAAAAAUGACCACUAAACACUCUUUUCAAUCCCCUCAAAAUUUACCAACCAUUUAUAAAAUUUAUAACGGUUUCCUUCUCCCUCUUAAUAAGUUUUAAUUAGUACCUCAUAAUCAUAUUUACCUCGCCAAACCCUCAUUCAUGAAAAAAACGUGGAUUCUUGCCUCUCCCUCCUUAUAAUCACUUGCAACCCCAACCUCAUCAACCCUCACUCACACCCGGCCUCUCUCUCAUUCUCUCUCAACCAUGCCCGACCACCAUGGCGACAGUGGCCGUCGGAAGAGUGGCAUUGGUAAACGAUCCACUGCCACGGUCUUGAGUGAUCAAGAGGGCCUACUAGCUGCUACAGCUCCUUGUGGUGCUUGCAAGUUCCUAAGGAGGAAGUGUACAAGUGGGUGUAUAUUUGCACCUCAUUUCGGGUCGGACCAAGGAGCAGCCCGUUUCGCGGCGGUUCAUAAGGUCUUUGGAGCUAGUAAUGUGUCUAAGUUGUUGCUUCAUAUUCCCAUGAAUAGGAGGCAGGAUGCUGUGGUGACUAUAUCAUAUGAGGCUCAAGCUAGGCUUUCGGACCCGGUUUAUGGUUGUGUUUCCACCAUUCUUGCCUUGCAGCAACAGGUAGCAACAAUGCAAGCAGAGUUAGCAAUGGUACAAAGCCAGGUAAUAAAUAGCCGUUUGGCGAUGGCAAACGUCCUUCAAAGCUCACAACACCAACAACAACUAAGCUGCAACAAUGGCUUUCAUGAAGUAAUAAUGCAUCAUCAUCCUCAUAACCACCAUAUCCAACAGCCUGCUUACUCCAACACUUCAUCUGCUUCAAACAACAUCCUCAACAUGAAUACUACUACUACUACUAGUACUGCGACUACUGCUGUCUAUGCUUCUACUUACAAUGACUUUGUUGUUGCUGCCGCUUCUACUGCUCUGUCUUCUCAUAGUCUUGAUCUUCUACGUCUUUCUAGACCCCAACAGGAUGACGAGGAGGAUGAUGAAGAGAUUACUCGCAACCGUAUUGCCUUUGCAAACCACCUCAUGCAUUAAUUCAGCAUUUACUUGUAUAGAGAUAUAGGCACAUUGUAUGGCGCAUAUGUGAUCUUUAUUUUUCUUUUUGGGUUAUUCUUUUCACCUUUGUUUCAAGAAUAACGUUGUCAUAUACCAAUUACCAAGCAAAGCUCAUACUUUCAAACUUUUCUAGCAUAAUGCAGUCAACCAAAUAUA